AUGCUUAGAACUAUUACUGCUCAAAGAUCUGCUAUUCGUUCAUUAGCUACUUUUGCAUCACCAGAGUCUGUUUUACCAAAAAAAUAUGGUGGUAGAUAUACUGUUACAUUAAUUCCAGGAGAUGGUGCUGGUCAAGAAAUUACUGAUUCUGUAAAAACUAUUUUUAAGUCACAAAAUGUUCCAAUUGAUUGGGAAGUUGUAGAUGUAAGUGGUGUUGAAGGUGAAAGUGGAAAAAAUCAUGGAGUUGAUGAAGCUGUUGAAUCAUUAAAAAGAAAUAAAGUUGGUUUAAAAGGUAUAUUAUAUACUCCAACUGAUAAAUCAGGAAAAUCAUUAAAUGUUGCAUUAAGAAAAGAAUUAGAUAUUUAUGCAUCAUUAGUUUUAAUUAAAAAUAUUCCUGGAGUUAAAGGUAUAAUUGAUGGAAUUGAUUUUGCUUUAGUUAGAGAAAAUACUGAAGGUGAAUAUUCAGGUUUAGAACAUCAAUCUUUUCCUGGUGUUGUUGAAUCAUUAAAAAUUAUGACAAGAUUUAAAUCUGAAAGAAUUGCAAAAUUUGCUUUUGAUUUUGCUGAAAAAAAUAAUAGAAAAUUAGUUACUGCUAUUCAUAAAGCUAAUAUUAUGAAAUUAGGUGAUGGAUUAUUUAGACAAACUGUUAAAGAUGUUGGUCAAGAUUAUAAAGGUAUAGAAGUAAAUGAUUUAAUUGUUGAUAAUGCUUCUAUGCAAGCUGUUGCAAAACCUCAACAAUUUGAUGUUUUAGUAACUCCAAAUUUAUAUGGUUCAAUUUUAUCAAAUAUUGGUGCUGCAUUAAUUGGUGGUCCAGGUUUAGUACCAGGUGCUAAUUUUGGUAGAGAAUAUGCUGUUUUCGAACCAGGUUGUAGACAUGUUGGUUUAGAUAUUAAAGGUAAAAAUACUGCUAAUCCAACUGCUAUGAUUUUAUCAGCAACUAUGUUAUUAAGACAUUUAGGAUUAAAUGAUCAAGCUGAUAAAAUUUCAAAAGCCACUUAUGAUGUUAUUGCUGAAGGUAAAGUUAGAACUAAAGAUAUUGGUGGAUCAUCAUCAACUACAGAAUUUACUGAUGCUAUUAUUGAUAAAUUAAAUUAA